UACCUUUUAACCCGGUUUUCUAAACACCUCUUUGCAAAUUAUUAACGAACAUAAGUACAUACAUUAACUCAGGGCACGCUUACGACCCUUUUUGCAAGUUCCUCAUUCAAACAGUUUUUUUUUGCCUUGCCAGUGUACGUCAAUUACCCAACUACAGCAAAGUAUAUUCUUUUUAAACAAGCUUCAUUAACCAAAAAAGUCAUGUUGUUUGACAAGAAGCCCCUGUGUGCUUACUUUUUAGACUUGGAUGAAUGUACCACUGGUUCCCAUUCCUGUGACGUCAAUUUGGUAUGCCAGAAUACCGUGGGCUCAUACAAAUGCUCGUGUAAUGCUGGGUACACAGGAGAUGGAAAACCUUGCAAUGGUAUUUGAGAUACAGUUGAUCCUCCAUGUGCGACCACCUCUCCUAAGCGACUCAUAAGUCGACAUAGAGCUACACAUAUCGUAACUUUGAAAUUGCACACAAUAAAUUGUUUUUCAAAGAGACGACCUUCUCUAAUCUGAAGGUUCUUAAACAAGACGAUGAAACCAUUGAAGGUGCAAUGUUUGUGUGCAAAAGCUCAACACUGCCAUGUCAUUUUGGAAAAAAGCCUAAAACCGUAUUUGUUGUAACAUGCAAACAACAAACAAACAAGAACCAAAAAAAUGAAUACAUCCGCCUUAGCUACCAGAUGUAAACCAUCAGGUAGAUUUAAUAUUAGUUAUUCUAACGCUUUACGUAACUUACAAUUCUCAUGCAGAUAUCGACGAGUGUUCUACCAACUCUCACAGCUGUGACGUUAAUGCGGUUUGCAGUAAUACUGUUGGAUCGUACGCAUGCGCAUGUAAAGCAGGAUUCACAGGCGAUGGAAAAACAUGCUCUGGUAAGCUGUUGCGGUGUUGUAAAAAAAACGCUUCCAAACGAUGUGCGUGCCUGUGUGUUCUAUAUUCGAUCUUUACAUUUAAACAUGUAGAAAACGAUGGACAUAUAACCUCAAUAGUUCGAAAUAAUAAUUAAAGCGAAACUAGAAAUACGUAUCUCGCAAAAUUUCACUAAACUCGUUCUUUCACAAUUGUCAAGCCCAGCCGGUUAGAAACUGAUUAGGUGACCAGGCUCUAAUCUGUCGUUAGACCUGGGACUCCUCUCUGUCUUCUUUUUUGUUUCAUUAUCCUAUUUGAUUUUCAUAUGCGUAUUUUAAAGCAUAUUUAGCACUUAACGGCUUAACCUCAAAACAAAGAUAGAUUUCAGGGAAGUUUAAAGGUAUUUUCUGUAAAACCCAAACUGAAACGCACGUCCGACAAACAUAUCCUGCGAGCUAAAGCACAGGGGGCCCACACAAUCUGUUUGUGUAGCCCAUUGUUAUUUUAUAGUAACUGUACUGGAUUUACCGUUUGCUUCACCUAUAGCGAUAUAUCGCUAACUAUGUAUAUAAAUCAAUGAUAAAUAAACGUUGAAUUACCUUGCCUGUGGUGUAAAGUCGUCCUUUUGCCUCAAAAGCGGUUUUUUGAGCGAUUUUGAAUGAAUUUGAGUUCGCCGUUGACUGUUCCAUAUAGUAGAAGGACAAGGGAGGAAUCCUUGUUUUGAAAGGGUUCCAGCGCCGGAGCGAUUUUUCCCCCCAAAAUCGCACUGCUCCACUUUCAAACUUCGCAGCAUAAAGAUCAAAAGAUUCACGAUUCUUGUUGUACCUUCCAAUCGAAAAUCCAUCCAAACGGCCCGGAGCUAGCCCUCGAAGAAAAUCAAAAUCCCACAGUAUUCGAGCGACUGGAAUGCGUAGCAAGAUCCAUACGUGCCAGCCACAAACCGUCCCGCUGAUUGCCUUUUUUUUAUUGGAUUUCGUUAAACAAAUGGUUAAAUAAUAGCUGAUGAAGAAGACUUGGUAAGCAGGAGGAGGAAAAGAGGUUCUUUCGCCCUCUCUCCCUAACCCCUCCCCGUAGCCAUUUUUUCUAGCUCACUUUUCUUUACGUUUUCCCAACUAUCCGGGGACCUGUUACAUGUCAACUACGUUAAUUCCUUCAUUUCCAAAUUUUUAUGGUAAAUAUUCAACUUGAGCGUCGACCCCUUUUGGCUCUUUGUUAUUGAUCAGCAGGAACGAAUUUGGUAGUACUAACGACGGAGAAACUGUAUUUUUUUCCUUUUUUUUUUUCUUUUUGUUUUUCUUUGACUGUCUCUGUGGUUUUUAUUAGGAUGUAUUUUUCGCUUCUCUCCUCAGUCUCACUCACUCUGCCCCCUCGCUUGCUCCAGAUAAGAGGGAACGACCUUUUGUUUUGCUCCAGACCAUUUGUUCGCUCGAUUAUUGGCGCGUUCUUGGCUUGCAAAAAGUACGGGCUGCUUUGUGGUCUGAAAGACUUUGCACUGAUUGAUGUUCUAGUGUCAUGGAAACUCUAGUUGUGAUACUGAACUGCAGAUGACAGGUUAAAAGACUGAAAGUUCGUUUCAACAGCGUUUGGAAAGAGAACAUCGUCUUUUCCGCAAAAAAAAAAAAUUAUUAAUAAUAAUAAUAAUAAUAAUAAUAAUAAUAAUAAUAAUAAUAAUAAAAACAAAAAUAGGCAAACAAAAUGGAGUAUAAUACUAAUAGAACCUAACAAGAAUCUUGUAACGAGCGAAUGGGAACACCUACAAGGAAAGACAGACUAGAGGACUUUCCUCAUCCUCGUUAGCCUUAGUCCAUAAAAAUUUCUUUGACGCCCAUGGUACCCUCUACUGAAAAUGUCCUUCCCCAUGCUAUAUAUACUGCAGAUAUACCCCUUGGAAGGCACUUAUUGAAAGUUUGGGUAGUGGUUAUGCCGCUGAGCCCGCCUUCAAACCCUGACUCUACUAAGACAAAAAACAGUCAUCUCAUUACCCUGUUUUAUGGGACAAAAGACCAUUUUUGAUGACCUUUCUAGUCCAUUUUUAUUUUUCAUACUGAAUUGAGUAAUAAAGGGGACAGAAAAACAAAUGAAAAAAGAAACAAGACUCACUGAUUAGAUUUUUUAAAAGUUUGUUGGUACUGCACAUGUAAGACGGCGCACCGCCAAAGUCUACCCCGUGUUCAAGGCCUUUCGUCUACAAACAUACCAUGUUCAAGACACGUCGAAUUGUUUAACCUGUUUAAGAAUAAAGGCUCCCAAAACCUUACCCUUGUCUUUGUUACAAAACCGAAUUAAACUGAGAGCCUUAGUCUGCUUUACGUAAGUACCGUCUAAACCUCCGGAUUCCGAAGAGAUGUUUGCAGCCAGCCCUCAAAACCGCCAGAGACUUUGCCUGCUGCUAGUCAAUAUAGAGGAAGGUUAUUCCAUAGAACUGCUCCAGAAAAACUAUUUUUCUUAACAUUUGUCUGGGGUAGAGGAAUAGCGAGUUUGCUGUUGGUGUCUCUCAAAACGUAAUUAGAGGCAUUGCAACGAUCUGCCAUUGCUACGAUCUAUUAUGCACUUAACAAGGCCCCCCAAGGUACUUAAGAUAUAUGACGCAUACAGGGUGUUUCAAAAGUUCGUUCCGAUUUUUUCUUCUCUUCUUGCUCUCAGGAUUUCAUCGGUUGUCUGAAUAACCAUAUGCAACUAAUUAUGCAAAAAAAAGCAAAACAAAACAAAACAAACAAACAGAAAACUUUUACUGCAUAUAAUAAUAAUAAUAAUAAUAAUAAUAAUAAUAAUAAUAAUAAUAAUUUAUCAAUUUAUAUAGCGCGUAUUUACAUGUGCUGAUCAAUAGCGCUUAUCUUAUCUUAUGGGGUAGCUCUCAUCAAUAGCUCUUAUCAUAUCUUAUGGGGCAGCUCUUAGAAAUGAUGCCCUGCAUUAUUAAAAGGGGGAAAUGGGCGCUUUGCGAGGUAGAGCCAACAAUCCAUCCACUCCUAAAAGUUUCACUCUUUUGCACUAUACCUUAAUCAGCAUAUCAUCCGCCCGAUUGAUUUGUUAUCAAAAAGUACAAAAGAAGGCGUGAGUGAAAUGCUAACACAGGAUCGGGGUUGGGAUCCGCUGCCCUUUAUUUUCUUUUUGUUGUUUUGAGUGAAAUCUGUUAAAACAACUGAAAGAAACACGAUUUUUAGUCGCGACUUGAGCAAGAAAACAGAAGAGGAACUGAAAAGUUACGACAAGGACCACAUUAGCUGCCAUAAAACUGAUCGGAUGGACUGAUGAUCAGUGGCCAAUCUAAAACCUAGAGCAUCAUCAAAGAGUACUUGGGCCAUAUUUUACGAUAAAGAAGCGUCACCGUUACUGAUUGUCUCCAGUCCUCAUAUCCGCUACACGAUAUAGGCGUUGAUCCAGUCGAUGGCAUGCUCCUCUUAGGCUCUCUCUCCAGCCUCGGGUGUCUCGAUGUGCCCGCAGAACUCCCCACCGGAUGGCUGGGCGCACGGGCUUAGCUAUUGUUAAAAUUGACCAAUCAGAAGCCAGUCCGAAGAAUUUGGCGGGCUGGCUUCUGAUUGGACAAUUUUUACGAUUGCCUAAAUUUAUUAGCGUGAAAGCGAGAAGUUAUUUUAGUAAACAAAGGUUACGGGCGACACAAGAUUGAAAAUGGUUGCUUUUUCGGCCUUGUAAAGUUUGUUCUUGAUAAUUUCAAGGAAAAGGAGAGUCUGGCUUUUAAGAAGCCUAUUCUGGUCCGAGAUAAAUUUCUUAUUCUACCAAUGAGUUCAUGAAAAUCUUUAAGUUUUCAAUCGUUUCGCGUGGUAAUGGUUACAUAGAAGGCAACCAAUCUGCAGAGCUUAUUAUCAUGGUGGUCUUUCCACUUCUGUCCUUGAAGAAAGGGCAAGUAAGUUAUACUGCAAAGGUAUAAAAGUAGCUUCUCUCGGUAAAGGACAAUUAUGUAAGUGGCGUUUAGAAGUAGUUUCAUUCAACUCAAUCUGCGCUACUUCAUAAAGUCGGAGUCACUUUAUAAAACGGUACUUCUCAGUACUACCGUACUACCGCUGCUUGGAAACGAGGUUUAUCACAAAUACAGCCUCGUUUCCAGACAAAUGAACGAUCGAUCAACCUCGUUUCCAAGUCAAUGUACCCUUAAGUCGAUUAUUGUUGUUUUUAUUUUUCUGUGUGCUUUUUUGCUACGGCAAAAAAGCAACCGUAAACGAUACGAAAAAACUAUGAAAAUGAAGUCUAGAAACCACCAACCUCCUCCCUUACAAAGUUCGGUUAUUACUUAAACUUGUCUAUCAGCUUACAGUAUUUAUGAGAGAUAAGAUUGGUUUAUGCGUACGACAUAGGCAAAUAAAUAAAAAGACAAGGGAAACGUUUUCGUCCUCUUUUGCUUGUGAGUUGAUUGCUAUUGCCUCUCCUCGUUUCACGAGUAAACGAGAAAUAAUCAAGAAUAGGUAUAUUGAAGCAUAAGAGAAUUUUCUCAGUCAUUUUCUCUUCUUUAAGUUCAUGCUUACGCCACACUAGUUUGCUGAGUGAUUUCAUGCACAUGGCGCUCAUCACAAAACCCCUCCAUCUGGAUUUGCUCGUUGACGUCAGAAGAAAAUCGCCAAAACGAUUGUUCUUCUGCGCCUGCAUAUUUCACCUUAUGCUUAAUCUGCCUUAUAACACGUGGAAACUUCCUCAAUAGCUUAUGAUUGUGCUUAUGCUCGUACUACACGUUAAAAUCGAGUCAAAGCAGGCUGCCUCAACUCUUUAAGCCUCUCUGACUAUCUGGACCUUAUUCUGUGAACGGUAUCCUCUUGAGCUAAGAAUAUUAUAAAGGUAGUGUUUUUACUAAACGGAGCGGUACAGCUUGUUUUACUCAAUGAACAGAAACAACAAUCGUGCCUCGUAUCGCAUGAUUGUUAGGGGAUUAGUGCAUGGCCAGUUUAGGCAUCUCCAAACUGUCACCAAAUAAACGCUACAUUUCGCCUCGGCCUCACUAUUGUAAUUAUUAUUUCUUUUUACUACAGAAUGCCAGAAUUACGUAAGUCUUAACACAGCUGACAGAAAGAUAACGUACCCAAAUUACAACACUUACUGUGACAAUGCAAUUGGACCUGGAUGGUUCCGCUUUGAGGGGUCUGCUGGCACAAGAAUGCCAACUUCAUGUCCACCUAAAAACAGGUGUGAUGCUCAUGCACCCGGCUGGAUAAACGGAGGGCAUCCCACAGUAGCAGACGGUCAGGUCAGCAGACAGGUGUGUUUUCAUUGGUCUUCUUGCUGUUGGUCGACAACAAACAUAAAAGUGAGAAAUUGUGGUUCGUAUUACGUGUACUGUCUUAAUGGUACACCUACUUGUCAUGUCCGUUACUGUGGAACUGACUAA